AUGACUGGACUGGGACUAACGGAAGCUGAGAAGCAAGACUUUGAAAAACGCUUAGCAACAGAAAAGGAGCAUUAUCAGUGUCACCAAUGUGAAGUUUGGAAAGACAGUUUGUUGAAAAACAGCCCCAUUGUGAGAUUCAUGGUUGACGAACUUCGCAAAAUAAAUAGGCCAGUAACAAAAGAUGAUUUCAAAUGCUUACCUUGUGAUACAACAAGAGCAGGGGGCUUCUCACCGGUCGAUGGUAUUUUAUUAUGCCAAAACUAUCUAACAAAGUCUAUUCAAGAACGUACAAUGGCGCAUGAAAUGAUACACAUGUAUGAUCAUUAUAAGUUCAAAGUGGAUUGGAGUAACCUAAAGCAUCAAGCGUGCAGUGAACAACAUCAAGCGUGUGUGAAGAGACGGGCAGUUCUAUCAGUGAUGCAAAAUCCAAACUGCAAAAGCAAGGAAGAAGCAGAACGUGCAGUUUCAACUGUAUUUGACAGUUGUUUUGCAGAUACAAGACCCUUUGAUGAAAUCUAUUAA